AAAAAGUUUCCAUAGAAACGAUUCUUGACUAAAAAAUGUUGUUGUCCCGCGCAAAAGCCGUAUUGCCAUCGACGGUGAGUCAGUCUUCAGCCGUGAAUCAAGUGCCGGAAUUAUCGGAUCUGUUGUUGAAAAGAGAUUAUUCUGGAAGCGUUGCUCUUCUUCAGCAUUUGAAACGAAUCGGAAAAGAGAACAACGAUUACGAGUUGUGGACGGCUUUCGCUCUUUUCCAUUCCGGUCAUUACAGUUCGGCUCAAGAGAUAUACGAACGACACAACGACUUGGCGAGUUUGGCCGUAUGUUUGUUCUUCUUGGGUCGGUAUUCAGAGGCCAAAAGAGCGGCCGAAAGAGCGGAUCGCAGUUCGGCUUUAGUCCGGCGUUUGUUUCUUCACUUAAGUCUGAAGACAAAAGAGGCCGAAGUCGGUCUUCUCGAGCAACAGAUGACGGAUUCGGUGGAAGAUCAGUUGAGUGUAGCGGCGGUGCAUUUCGUGGGCGCGCACUAUCAGGAGGCGAUUGACAUCUAUAAGCGAUUGUUAAGCGAAUCGCGAGAACUGUUGGCUUUGAAUGUUUUCGUCGCUCUUUGUUAUUAUAAAUUGGAUUAUUAUGACGUCUCUCAGGAAGUUCUCGCUCUUUAUGUCCAGAGAUUCGCCGAUUCAGUUCUGGCCGUCAAUCUCAAGGCCUGUAAUUUGUAUCGACUUUAUAACGGAAAAACGGCGGAACAAGAACUCACUUCUCUCAUCGACCGUUUGCCGCCCAACUUCGAGUUCGCCAAAGACUUGUUACGUCAUAAUCUGGUUGUGUUUCGCGGCGGAGACGGAGCUCUUCAAGUAUUGCCGUCUUUAGUGGAUGUUUUGCCGGAAGCCAAACUCAAUCUCGUGAUUUAUCACUUGAAAAACGACGACUUGCGAUCGGCUGAGACUCUGAUGAAAGAUGUCGAACCAAUCAAUCCAAACGAAUAUGUCUUGAAAGGCGUUGUCUCCGCUUUAGUCGCGCAAAGAGACGGAUCCAAACACAGUCUGAAGGAAGCGCAACAGUAUUUGCAAAUGGUGGGCGGAUCAGCUUCAGAAUGCGAUACAAUAUCUGGACGACAAUGCAUGGCGUCUUGCUUCUUCUUGAUGAAACAAUUCGAAGACGUUUUGCUGUAUUUGUCGUCAAUUAAGUCGUAUUUCUAUAACGACGACACUUUUAAUCUGAACUUCGCUCAAGCAAAGGCCGCCACCGGACAGUUCCGCGAUGCCGAAGACGCGUUCGCAGCCGUGCGGUCGUCUCGGGUGUCGAGCGAUAUAGUGAUGGUUCAAUGGAUUGCGCGCUGUUAUAUAAUGAACGGAAAGCCAUUAAAUGCGUGGAAAUUAUGUGAAUCUUCGGAUUCGGUGUCCUUAUUGACGAUUGUGGCCAACGAUUGCUACAAAAUGGGACACUUCUUGGUGGCCGCCAAAGCCUUCGAUUCAUUGCAACGAAUCGACGGAUCGGCAGAACAUUGGGAAGGAAAGAGGGGUUCCAUUGCAGGACUUCUUCAGAUGGCAUGCGCAGACAAAGCAGACAAGGAAGACGUCGCCGAAGCUCUGCGACUCGUGCGCGGCGGCGGAGGGAAGGGAGCGCCGUCGGGACAGACGAGUCAAUUGAUAAACGCAAUGAAGAACUGGUCGUCGAAGACGUCGUCGAAUGAGAAACAAAUCGAAUGAAAAGUGAUUUAAUCGGAGAUUAAUUACAAAAUGACUAGUUUUACAAAAAUUCA